AUGGCUGAGCAUGUAUCCUCUGCCAUCCUGGCCCAUCCAGAUUAUACAAUCGACCCCCCCAUAAAAUCUCACCCAGCAACUCGUGUCAGCAAAGUUGCUCCUCAACCUGGACCCGAGCCCGUACCUAACUUUUUCACACCACAGCCAGACCCAUCACAAUAUUUACCCUAUCCUCAAACACCUCCUCAUCACCCAAAAAACAUCAGAGAUGCCAAAUUAGAGUAUAAAGUUUCCAAUUAA